UGAUGAUGACCUUAACCUAGAUGAGGUCUCGAGGGAUGAGAACCCCUUAGUUAUUGUUAAUCCUAAGGGGGAUUCUCCCCAGCAUCCUAAGGAAGUGAUGCUUGACAAGGUCUCUCCCUUGGAACCGACUCCUAAGAAGGCUUCGAAAAAAGGUAUCAACAAGAGUCUGGUAAAACCUUUGAGUGAUAUCCCUUCAUUUUCUAGGGACAGUCCAUCAAAAGGGAAUAGGGCUGAGUGUGGCCUUGAUGACAUGUUCUGGGUUGCCACCAUGGUGCCCAAUGGAAUUAAAACUUGGGCUCUGUUAGAUCAC